GUUUCCGUCCGACGACUUGACCGUGAAAGGGAAACGAAAACAAACAACGCGUGUGACGUGUGCCUUCCCGUCCGUGUGCGUCUCCGAGGGCGACAGGGAAGGAAGGAAGGAAGGGGAUGAGCUCCGCCGCCGCCGCCGCCUCCUCGUCUGCGUCGCCGGUGCCGCCGGAGGACGACGUCUGCUCCGUCUGCCACGACCGCUUCCGGAUCCCCUGCCAGGCCAACUGCUCCCACUGGUUCUGCGGAGAGUGCAUCAUCCGUGUUUGGAACCAUGGAGCUGCUGUACAGCCUUGCAAGUGUCCCAUUUGCCGUCGCCUUAUAAAUCUGCUGGUACCUGCUAAUGUAUCAGACGAUCAGAAUGAUGAUCCCCAACUUCAGCGUGUUUUGGGAGAGAUUCAGCACUACAAUCACAUAUUUGGUGGAGCACCACGCAGCCUAACCCAGAGGCUGCAAGACCUGCCGUUUUUCAUACGAAGGCUGUUCAGAGAACUAAUGGAUCCCCAGAGGACCCUCCCACUUGUAUUCAGGGCGAGGAUGAUUCUGAUGGUGAUCCUGAGUGGGGUGUACGUCCUGAGCCCGGUCGACAUCCUCCCAGAAAGCGUGCUGGGGCUGUUUGGGUUCUUUGACGACUUCCUCAUCCUGGUGAUCGUGUUCCUCCACCUCGCGGCCGUGUACCGGUCGCUGCUCCUGUACCGCCAUGGCGGCCACUGAUCCGGACUCGGCGGGCCGCUGAUGAUGCAUAGUAGCAGUAGCUGGUGGCCGGCCGCGGUUGUACGUGCUCCCACGCCGCCGGUGGGAGUUUGAGGUUUGAUCUGUACUGUACGGGAAUUAAAUGUAUCGCUGUGUUGAUGAGGGUGGAGCGGCUUUAUUUGGGUCUGCUACUAGAUGGAUCGUGGAUGAUGAACAAACACGCUGUACUUUAGCUCAUUGUCAGUGCUAGUUGAUUCGAUCAAUCAACCAAGAAAAGAAAAAGGCAACCAACAGGAAGUUGUUUAUUCUCGUUCCAA